AUGGCAUUAAUUAAUCGAUUCAAGAGUAGAAAAUCUUCAUUAUUUAAUCCAACAAAAAAUCAAACAAACUCUUCCCCAUAUUUAAUCAAAAAUAAUAUAUAUGAUGGUAACUUUAUUCUACAAUUAUCAAAAGUUAAACAUAUAAAAGAGAUUCUUAAUAACACAUCUGGUUAUCUUGAUUUAACUGCAGUUAAUGAUCAACAAGUGUAUAGUAAAAUUGAUUAUCAAUCAUAUCGUUUGUUUCCUCAAUCAACAUUUCUUACAAUACAACAUUACAAUAAAAAAUGUAUUGAAUUUCAUCUUACGACCAUAGCUGCUUCUUCAAAUGGUUUUAAUAAAUAUUUACCAAUAGCAACUAAUUGCAUUAAUAGAAUGACAAAUACACCUAGACUUUCUCCCAACACAUAUGCAAAUAUGUCAAAGGUGACAAAAGAUGAAAAAGCUUUCGAAGAAUUAUAUCAAACUGUAACGGGAAAAGAUAAUUAA